AUGGGCCCUAAUAGCCCGCCACAGACGCCGACGGCCAUCACGGGAAGUUCUCCGUCAACAAAGCUAGAUCUGCACCCGACCGCGUCUGCUGGUUCUCGUGAUGAGUGGCUGCCACUGAUGGCUGAUGGUGGCAGCACACCCUUACCGAGGGACUUGCAACCUCGUACAAGUCCUCGACGUAACAUGCGUCAGGCUGAGACUAAUGAACACGCAUUGGACCGUCGAAUGCAUGCGACGAGCUUCAACGAGUUCGCACAGUUUUUGAUACGCUUCAAUAAUGAAACUGUCCAAGGUGUAGACACGCGGUUCAAGGAAUUCGAGACGACGCUCGGGGAAAAGUUACAGCGCAUCCUAAGCUCAGAGAAAGAAUACGAGAGACACGUGGAUACGCGAGUGAAUUUGCUGUCGAAGACUGUGCAGGAUGGAUUGAAGCAAGUGUUUGAAGGAGAGAGGCAGGAGAGAGAAAGCAGGGAUGCAGCUCUUGUGAAGGGUGUUGCGGACGCGAUCCUACCUGCGCUUGGUACAAGAUUGGACGAAGUUGUACGAUGUAUCAAGGCUAACGAGACUACGACGAGAGCUCUCCAAAACUCUGUUAGAUCACUGGAAACGCGCUUGAAAGUUCUUGAAGUGCAGACACGCUCUUCGUCCACCUCCAUGGCUAACUCCGACGCUUCUUCCUCCACUACUGCUCUUUCGUCUCUGAUAACUCCAGCAUCGGAUUCUAACGUAUCAAAACGGCUUGCAGAACAACUUCAAGAAUUCGAGUGCCUGAUCACACGCUUAGGUGAAUACAUCGAACAAGCGCGUGAUGAGGCACACGCCGACAAGGAGGAACUCGCAGCGCUCUUUGAAGAAACGCAUAAGAAUCUAACUUUGACCAUGCAUGGUGAACUUCUUGCUCUUAAGAACGCUGUUGGUGUCGGGAAAUGCCGCUCCAGGGGUUCGGGAGAUAAGCAUGGUUCACUAAGGCCAAAACCUCGAAGCCUCAUGGAACGAUUGGACGCUCUUGCUAUGGAUGUUCAGGAGGCUAUGGAACAUUUUAAGGAUGCUGAGGCGGCGCGUGACAUUGGGGAUUCAUCAGAGGCGAGGGCAAUUCUGAAUAUCCUGGCUAACCGUAAGAAAGGGGAGCACGGGACUCGAAGGGUCUUUCAUGAUACCGCUGUGAUAACCAACGAUUAUGAACAUGCGGAUCCGGACGCCAACGAUAAGCCCGGAGAGACUGCCAGUUUCGUUGACAGGACAGUGACACUCGGGCCCUCCCUCAGUGAAGCUAGUCGUAGUGGGUCAGUAACUCCGAGACAUGGUUCCCCAGGUCCCGCUUUACAAGAAGACGAACCUUUCUCAGCAACUACACUGGUUGGCGAACUCCUACAACCAACCUCCGUCGUUGGGAACCUUUCUCCAGUCUCCAGCUGGACAGCACCUUUCCCACAUCAGUGGUCUGCUCCUAGCUCCGAAUCUCCCACAAGGACAGGACUUGCCUUGGACACCACGAUAGAAACUCCUGCAGAUCCGUGUGACACAAUUCCGACAAGUUUGCAAGUGUGUGGUGAUGACACAGCUGCGGAGUCACAAAGGCAGCUCAUCACACCUCCUCCAUCAGCCGAGGCGUCAGUCUCUCGUUCCCCGAGUGUGACUCUGAAGAGGAAGGCGGAUGAAGACAUUACCGAUUCCGAUGAGGGUGUAUCUCAGGCCCCCGCCGAGAAAACGAUCAACGAUGAUCAUGAUUUAGGACAAGUCGACUUUUCGCUAGACUUGAAUAGGAGUCCUUCUCCACUCACGUCGGAAGAUAGCAUCCCUGCUGGUGACCUUGCCAAGUGUCUAUCACCACUCACGUCUCUGGCGUCUGAGAUAAGCGAGAAUCCGUCUGUGUCAGGUCAAAGUAGCUUAUCCGAUCCAGAGCCAGAGGAAAUUGUCUUGUCUAGUGCCACCGCUCCGCGUUCUGCUUCUCCUUCUAAACGAGCGGCUCCACAGGUUCAUGAAGAGAAGAGUGUUCAGAAUGCUGAAGAGAGGCAUUGGUGCCCCGAAGGUUGUGGACGGAGCUAUACGAUCAAAGCCAGCCUUAACAGGCAUCUCAAAACAAGGUGUAAAAAUGCUCGGAGGUCACUCACUACCACCAACACUCGAGCAACUAGUCCAAUAUCAACUAACUCUUCGUCUAAGCGGAGGAAGAUCGAUCACAAGGGCACCAAGUCUUCAAGUCGUGCGAGUUCAGAGAGCAGACGACGAGAAAAGCAGGAAAAGGUAGAAGAGGUGGAGCCGUCUUUCUGUCAUCCUGCAGACGUUCUUCAGAAAUGCGAUUGGCCUGAUAAAGCUAUGGUUAACGACAAAUUCGAUCACCAACUCCUGAUGUGUGACAGAUGUGAUUCAUCCUUUCACUACCGUUGUGUUGGAGUUAAGCGAGGAGAUGAUAGACUGAUUCCGGAAGCAGAAUUCAUUUGUCCACCAUGUGCUUAUAUCGAUGAUCCCGAAAAUGCGGUGAAGGGAAACGCGGGGAACACCUGUAGCAGGCCGGACUGCGACUGGCCGGGCGAAGCAAGCAACGAAUUAGAGGAUUAUUUCAUUGUUGAACGAAUAUUGGGGAGAUCCACAGUGAACACUGCGACCUCAUUCAAGUAUGUAUGGCUAACCAAAUGGCUUGGGUAUCCCAUAAAGGAAUGCGACUGGCUAGAAGAAGAUGGAUUGCCAGAAGCAGACAAGCUCAUUAGCCGAUUUUAUGCUGCAGCCUUUGAGGAAAAGCUGCAAAUCCGAGAUGAUGAUGCUAUUUAUCUGCUUGACGAGGCACGGAGCAAGCUGUACUUGGCGGUGAAGAUGAAAUGGAAAUGGGCAUGAGACUCGGACAGUCUGAACGCAAAAACACGCAUUUUCCAUUGCUCUUUUUUGUCGAGAAUGAAAAUACUGUGUUUUUGCACAUUCCUUCAUCUCCCAACUCUCGGAACGUUUACUGAAAAAUGCUGACUAUACAACGCAACUUACUCUUUUCUACAUACAGACGCUAUGCGCUUCAUAUGUUUCCCACAUAUUGUAAAGUAGUUCUCUUGUAAUUCUCUUCGAUUUCUCUGCCUGCAAAAUGUACUUACCGACAGUGGUAAUCAU